AUGGUAGCUCCAGACCUUCUCUGUGGGAUCACCACCGCCGUCGGCGGCCUCCUCGGCGACGUGGGCAACACGGUCGACGGGGUCGUCAGCUCUAUCGGCCUGCGCUCGGUCUCUCUGCCGCCGCCCGUAUCCGACGGCCACCUUGUCCAGCGUCGCGAGCUGCACAACUCGCACCUGCGGGUCAAGUAUGCGCGCGACGAGGCGGCGCACGCCGUCGCUGUGCGCGCGCAUGAGGCGCUCGUUAAGCGCGUUGGGUCGGGCACUUCUACCGACCUCCAGAACAACGGCCGCGACCUGUGGUACGGCGUGACGUACACGCUCGGCACGCCGCCCCAGUCCUUCCUCGGCGACAUUGACACGGGGUCCGACCUGACGUGGAUCGCGGAAGCCGCGUGCGUCAGCCCGACCUGCACGCUGCCGGGAGCGCGCUUCAACGCGUCCGCGUCGAGCACGUACGUCGGCCCCGGCAAGCACUUCAACCUCAACUAUGGCAGCGGAAACGUCGGCGUCUCAGGCGCGUACGCGAACGAGACGGUCUCCGUCGCCGGCCUCAGCGCGGACCACUACCCCAUCGGCCUGGUGACCAACAGCUCUGGCCCGCAGGGCGGCAUCCCGUCCAUCUUCGGCCUGAGCUUCCCGUACAUCGGCUCCAGCGGCAUCGCCACCACGGUCCCUUUCUUCGAGCUGUACGACGCGCAGCACCCGCUCACGGACAAGCUGUUCGCCGUGCACCUGGGCCGCAAGACGGACGGGGUGGAGGCCUCGACCAGCACGGACCCGCAGGGCGGGAUCAUCAGCUUUGGCGGGUACAAUGCCGGCCUGGUGUCCAGCGCCGUCGAGUGGGUCCCCGCCAACAGCUCCAACUUGUACUGGCAGACUUGGCUCAAGGGGUUCAAGGUGAACGGCGUCGACCUCCCCGUGCUCGACCACCCGAACGACGCGGUGAUUGACACCGGCGCUGGCGGGUGGUACGCGCCCAAGCCCAUCGUCGACGCCUACUACGCUGCGAUUCCGGGAGCAGUGCGCUACCAGAGCCAGUACUUCAUCCCGUGCACGUCGCGUCCCAACGUCACGCUGCGUUUCGGAGACGUAGAGUACGACGUCUACCCGCCCGACCAGAUCUCGGUCGGCAAGGCCCGCUGCUUCGGCUUCCUCCAGGACGCCGCGACCGUCAGCGACGCGUACAGCUACCUCAUCGGCGACGUGUUCCUCAAGAACGUGCUCGCCGUGUUCAAGUGGGCGCCGGAGCGCCAGAUCGGGUUCGCAAAGCUCGCCGACUGCGCCAACCAGCCGGUCGACGCUGCCGUGCUCGCGAGCCUUGACCAGCGCUCGACGCUCCCCGUGCCGCAGUCGACCACGGCCGCGCCGACGACGACCGCUACCGGCGCGCCGUCCACUACGACGGGCGCGCCCUCCGCCACGACUGCACCGACAGCCGUGCCCACUGCGCGCAGGCGCCGCCUCAACCUCCCCCGCCUCGGCUCGGUCGUGACUUAUGCCAAGGAGUGA